AACCGGUUUUAUCACUUCUGUAGUAGACUGUUGCAAUCGAUCAGUUAGUGAACACUUUUGUGUAAUGCGUGAUCGUUAUUUUAGAAUUUCUUAAAAUAUUUUAAAUAAAACAAUAUGCUCUCUGUGGUGAAAAACACACUGCCGAAAAUAGUGGAAGCUGGUUCAUUUGGCACUGGUUGUCAUUUCGAAUCCUUUAAUACGGACAACCAAAAAAUUGAAGAAGAUCAAUUUGCAUCUACAGUUAUUUUUGGCGAAAUCCUCAUGUCUGGAGGGCAAAAACAAAAGGUAGUUAUCAAGGUAAAGCAUCAGUCGCCAAUAUUGCGUCAUAUUUUUCGGAAUGACAACCAAUUCCACAAUGAAAUCGCCAUGUACGAGCAAACUUUACCUUUUUUUAUAUCAUUUUAUCCAGUAUCCUCAACAAAAGAGGGGUCCUUAUUUGCACAUUACUUUUAUGGCCGCAAUGCUUGUGGAGAGCAAUAUGAACAAUCUAUGAUAAUUAUUCAAAACGUUGCCCCAUUAGGGUACAGAAUGAGUAAACAACGUGUGAUUCUCGACUAUGACCAUGUUGAAAUUGCAUUAAAGGCACUUGCUAAAUUUCACGGUAUGUCAUUUACGGCCAAACAAAACAAUAAUAAACGAUUCAUGGAAUUGAUGGACGAUAUUAAGGAAACACAAUGGGAAGAUGGAACCGAUCAGUGGAUCGUUAGAUUAAAUGGUAUGAAGAAAUUCGGACCACGAGAUAUUAACCGGUUGAUAAAGCGAAAUCCAGAAAAGUAUCAUAAUAACGUACACGUUAAAAAAUUAUUGGAGUUCUUUAGUGAUGCUGAUAAUAAUUUACGCCGAACAAUGAACACGAGAAGUCCCCUAUCGGUGUUAUGUCAUGGUGACUUCUGUCGAAAUAACAUCUUGUUCAAGUACAAUGACGAUAAUCGACCAAUUGCUACGAUUUUAUUAGAUCAUACUAAUAUUAGGUAUGGAUCUCUAGCUCUUGACUUGUCAUUCUUUUUAUUCCUCAAUACCGACCGACAGCUUCGUUUAAAUCGAUGGGACCAGCUAUUGGACGUAUACUGCGAAUCGUUAGCCGCAUCAGUUCCUAGUGGAAUUAAUGUGCCUGACCGCAAAAGUGUGGAGGCUGAAAUGUCCAAACACGCAGUGUACGGGUUGUCGUAUAUAUCCUUUUUCUUGCGAACAAUGAUGAGAGAUGAAAAUGAAUUAGACAUGAAUACAUUUAAUCAAAAUAACAUGGAAGAAUGGUUUGAAGGUUUAAUGAGUCUUGGUGGCGAAAAAGCUAACGAAUUGGUUGUCGACGUGUACGAGCAUAUUGUAGAGAAAGGAUAUUCUGGAACUCCAUGAGAAAGAUCACAUUCUUUUUACUUUAAGAUUUUGUUACUGAACAUCGAUAAAAAUUUUAGUUUUUUAUUCAGCUAUUGUUUAUAUUUGAAAUUUCAUGAGAGCAUUAGGAAGUAAAUAUAUGUUUGCUGUUAAU